AUGGAUCCGAGACCCAGAGAAAGCUCAGUAUCUCAUCAUCCUUCCCAGGCCGCUCGAGUCAUUAUCCCCGUCACUACAGACACCAUCCGCACCAAACAACUCAUCCUCCGUCCUCUGACACUGUCAGACGCUAACGACAUCUUCGAGUAUCGACGUCUACGAACCGUCGCCGAUUGGCUAAAUCCCAUAAUCCCACACCAAAACGUCGAUGAAACACGAGACUGCAUCAGACAAACAAUAUUGACAACCCCCGACGCAUCCGGGGCCAUCGGUCGUCAAUUCUUCUUCGCCCUCCUCUUUGCCGACGAUCCAGCCGGAAGGGCCAUAGGUACGGUGGGAAUCAGCGCCCUAUCCCCAGUCCCAACUCUAGAGUUCUGCACUCACCCCAGUACCUGGAAUCGUGGCCUUGCCACCGAGGCCGUGGGAGCGCUCGUUGAUGCGUGGUGGAAGCUGCCGAGGAUAAACGUCAAUUCGGAUGGUCCAGAGGGUCCGGAGAGGCUGUUUGCUUGGUGUAGCACAUCAAACAGCGGGGCUUUGAGGGUUCUCUACAAUAAUGGGUUUAAUACGUACUACGGUAUGUCCGUGUCGGGGCAAGAGUUGACUUUGUUUGUGUUGGAAAAGCCGCAGGGUGAGUAG